CGCCAUAGAAGAAGAAGGAAGACAAAAGAAGAAGAAACACCAUAGAAGAAGACCUGUCCCCAAAGCUGACAUUUAAUUCCUAUUUACUGGGUGACAGUGAACCACAAUGAUUAUCCCGAUCCGAUGCUUCACAUGUGGGAAGGUCGUUGGCAAUAAAUGGGAAGCGUACCUUGGCCUGCUUCAAGCAGAGUAUACAGAGGGUGACGCCCUGGAUGCCCUGGGUUUAAAGAGAUACUGCUGCCGGAGGAUGCUGCUUUCUCAUGUGGAUCUCAUUGAGAAACUCUUGAAUUAUGCUCCACUGGAGAAGUGAUAACAUAUCAACUUAAGCCAAGUCCUGCAUGGACAGCCGGACUGUGGCAUUGACUGACAG